CAGUUCAAAGAGCAGCUGUCGACGACGUGUCUUGUUUAGGCUACUUGACUCCGGCGAACUCCGAACCCUAAAACCUAGCUCCAAAAUAUAAUUUUCUUCAUGUACUGUACUUUGCGAUUUCCCUUGCCUCUUCACAUUCCCCGAACUCGAACAAAGGCGUCUUGUAAGCCGAAACGACGCCGUGUGGAGCACUUGCGAUGCUGUGUUCAGCCUAGUCUUCGUGAAGAUGACGAAGAGGCCGAUGAUAGGAGUGUUGGAGCUCAAGGACGAGUUUCGAUUGUGGUAGAGAGAUACGGAAACGGCACUUCAAAAAGAUAUUUGCUAGAUGAUGAUGAUGAUUCCCCUUUACAAGGCUUUCUCGAGGAGCGUGAAACUAAGCCUGAUAACAAAUCUCAGAGCUCAAAUUCCUCAGAAACCAACACGCUUUGGCUUCCAGAUGUUGUUAAGGAUUUUGUUUUUCCCACAGGCUUUCCUGGGUCUGUUUCAGAUGAUUACUUGGACUACAUGUUGUGGCAGUUCCCUACCAAUGUUACCGGGUGGAUUUGUAAUGUAUUAGUCACUUCAAGUCUUCUCAAGGCGGUUGGCGUUGGCUCUUUCUCAGGAACUUCUGCUGCCGCUACUGCUGCUGCUUCCGCUGCAGCCAUCAGAUGGGUGUCCAAGGAUGGAAUUGGAGCUCUUGGUCGUCUUCUUAUUGGUGGACGUUUUGGUAGCCUUUUUGACGAUGAUCCCAAGCAAUGGCGCAUGUAUGCAGAUUUUAUUGGCAGUACUGGAAGUUUCUUUGAUCUGGCUACACAACUAUAUCCAACCCAGUUCCUACUGCUGGCAUCCACGGGAAAUCUAGCCAAGGCUGUGGCUAGAGGAUUGAGAGACCCUUCCUUCAGGGUGAUUCAGAAUCACUUUGCCAUCUCAGGGAAUCUUGGAGAGGUAGCAGCCAAGGAAGAAGUGUGGGAAGUUGCUGCUCAGCUAAUUGGUCUUGGUAUCGGCAUUUUGAUCAUUGACACGCCAGGCCUUGUAAAGUCAUUUCCCUUUGUGUCACUUACAUGGACGAGCAUAAGACUUGUUCAUCUCUGGCUACGCUACCAGUCACUUGCAGUCCUGCGAUUUAACACAGUAAAUCUCAAGCGUGCUCGUAUGCUAGUUGAAUCUCAUGUUGUACAUUCCAUCGUACCAGGAUAUGUUGACUGCAACAAGCGAGAAAACAUUUUGUUGUGGCAGAGAUUCAUGAAACCUCGGAUCAUCUUUGGUGUAUCUCUUGAGGAAGUAUCUGGUCUGGAAAAGUCUGUUUCUAAGGUGAAAGCACUCCUUAAAAUAUACACAGAGGAGAAAUAUAUUCUUACGUUGAAUGGGUUCAACACGAAUACCGAGUUUUAUGUAUCCUUUAAGGUGAAUGCCACAAGCAGAGACGUGUUGAGAUGUCUUUGGCAGGCAUAUUGGUUAGAGGAGAACAUGGAAGGAGGCUUAAAAGACAAGGAUAGUGUGUACCAGUGGCUGAAGCAAAGCUUGUCGGAGAUGGACAACAAGUUUGAUGAUUUCUUGUUCAAGUUGGAUACUGGUGGAUGGAAUCUACGUGAAUCUAACUUGAAGAUUCCAAACAAAGUCCUCAUCGAGCACGAAUCUAUCCCUCUCUAACAUUUGAUUGUUCGAUUCUUUCAGACUCAUCACGGAAUCUCUUUGAACAACACUGAGGUAAAUAAUACCAAAUCCUGUCAAUUUGAAAAUCUAUUAAUAUAUUAGGCGUCUAUUGUAGGUAAUUAGUAGAAUAACAUUUGUUUGGUACAGCUAAUAUAGUUAGGAUAUAUCAGGCUGUGUAUGGCAACUUGUAUUGUUAUGACCUGAUCCAUAUAAAAGUAAGAGUAAAAAAACAAACGGGUAUAAUAUCUAAUAAGCUAGUGUGGAUAGCAAAAAGACAAAUGGUGAGGUUUUUUUAAGGCAAAUGAUAGUGAUUAUGAUUC